UUUAUGUUAAAUAGAAAACUACAAACCAGUCUUAAAGAAUAGAAACUCAACAUUGUGAUUAAUUUUCAGAAACAAGUCCUAAUUAUGCAUUUAAGAAAUUAUUAUGUGCCUAAAUGAUAUCACUAUAUGAUUGUAUGACUUACUAGACUUAAGGAGAUUGCUGAUAUUGCCAAAACUCAAGUUGAAGCUCUGAAUUCACAUCAACAGUCCAGAGAAAAGGAAGUGGAAUCUCUGAGAAUGCAGGUGUUAGACUACCAGGCACAGUCAGAUGAAAAAGCCCUCAUUGCCAAGUUGCAUCAGCAUAUUGUUGCAUUGCAAAUGAGCGAAGCCACUUCUGUUAGCAAAUUGGAGUCAGUGACUUCCCAGCUGCAGAAGAUGGAGACCUACAAAUUGCGUCUUGAGCAAAAGCUUGAUGAGAAGGAGCAGAGUCUGUACUUUGCCCGCCUGGAAGGGAGAAACAGAGCAAAGCAUCUGCGUAGCACCAUUCAGGCUUUGCGACGACAGUUCAGUGGGGCCUUGCCCUUGGCCCAACAGGAGAAAUUUUCCAAAACUAUGAUUCAGCUCCAGAACGACAAACUGCAAGUCAUGCAAGAAGUCAGGAUUUGUCAGGAGGAGCGGAGAACCAUGGAAAACAAAACACUGGAGCUGGAAUUAAAGUUGAAAGGCCUCGAGGAGCUAAUAAGCACCUUAAAGGAUGCCAGGGGGGCCCAGAAGGUAAUUGAUUGGCAUAUGAAAAUAGAAGAACUUCGUCUUCAAGAACUCAAACUCAACAGAGAAUUAGUAAAAGAUAAAGAAGAAAUAAAAUAUUUGAAAAAUAUAAUUUCUGAAUAUGAACAUACAAUUAGUAAUCUAGAAGAAGAGAUUGUGCAACAAAACAAGAUUCAUGAAGAACAGCAGAUGACCUGGGAUCAAAGAGAAGUUGAAUUAGAACGUCAGCUAGAUAUGUUUGAUAGUCAACAAAAUGAAAUCUUGAAUGCAGCUCGAAAGUUUGAAGCGGCUACAGGAUCAAUACCAGACUCUAGUUUGCCUCUUCCAAAUCAACUUGAGAUAGCUUUGAGAAAAAUCAAGGAGAAUGUUCGAAUAAUCAUGGAGACACAAGCAACUUGUAAAUUAUUGGAGGAGAAACUGAAGGAGAAAGAGUCUGCCUUACGGGAAGCAGAACAAAAUGUUCUAUCAAGGGACAGAAUAAUCAAUGAACUCAGACUUCGCCUGCCUGCAACAGCAGAACGAGAGCGACUGAUGGCUGACCUCAGUAGAAAGGAAGAAGACCCAGAGAGCCAUCGGGUUUUGAAAGUUGCUCACCAGGCCAUUGCCAACAUGCAAGCAAGAUUAAAUCAAAAGGAAGAAGUCUUAAAGAAAUACCAGGAUCUACUAGAAAAAGCCAGAGAGGAACAAAGAGAAAUUAUCAAGAAGCAUGAGGAAGAUAUUUUCAUUCUUCAUCAAAAAUUAGACCUUCAGGCUGACAGUUCACUUAGCAAAUUCAAACAAACAGCUAUGGAGUUAAUGAAAAAACCUUCUGUACCAGUUGCUACCAGCAAGCAUUUCCUGCGUCUGGCAGAGAUGGAACAAACAGUUGCAGAACAGGAUAAUUCUCUUUCUUCACUUUUGACUAAAAUGAAGAAAAUGUCACAUGAAAUAGAUAUGCAAAAACAAAUCACUUUAACUAAAGUCAAAGAAUUUGAAAGCACCCGAACCCGCCUUGAAGAAAAUCAUGCAGAGGUUGUGAAAAAACUGCAAGCUGAGAUAGAAGACUUAAAAUAUUCUAUGUCCCAGACAGAGAGAGAGUUGCAGUACUUUAAAUCUGAAUUACAGGUUCAGAAAGAAGCCAACACAAGAGCUCCAACAGCCACCAUGAAAAAUUUGGUAGAGAGGCUCAAGAGCCAAUUAGCCUUGAAAGAAAAACAGCAAAAAGCCCUUAGUCGAGCCCUUUUGGAGCUCCGAGCAGAAAUGACAGCUGCUGCUGAAGAACGCAUUAUUCUUUCUGCAUCCCAGAAAGAGGCAAAUCUCAAUGUUCAGCAGAUUGUUGAUCGCCAUACUAGAGAUCUCCAGAUUCAUAUAGAAGAUUUAAGUGAAAACCUUCUGAAAUGUAAAGAAGCUCUUAAAACAAGCAAAAGCAGAGAGGACUCUCUCAAUAAACAGUUGGAUGACUUAAACAGUGAAAUGCAGAAAAAACAGAAAGCUUAUAAUAAAAUACUAAGAGAAAAAGAAGAAUUAGAAAAAGAAAAUGAAGAACUGAAAAAGCGAAUUAAAAGGUUAACCUUUGGAUUGCAGAGCAAGCCUACUGUAGAUAACAAACAGAGUAUGAUAGAUGAACUUCAGAAGAAAAUUAAAAAUUUAGAAAGUCAACUAGAAAAAUUUAGUGAUGAAACAGAAGCAAAAGAAAAGAGCUGUCAGGAAGAAUUAAUUAGAUGGGAAGAAGGUAAAAAAUGGCAAGCUAAAACUCAAGGAAUGCGAAACAGAUUGAAAGAAAAAGAAAAAGAAGUGGAUACUCUAACCAAGCAGUUGAAUACUGUAAAAGAGCUUUUGGCCAAGUCUGAUAAAGAUAAAAUCACAUUGCAGAAGAAACUAAAAUCAAGUAGUGUGACUGCUGAUCGAGUUAUGGGAGUGCAUGCUUCAGAUUUAGAAAAAGAAUUAGAAAAACUUAGAAAAACAAAUAAUGAACUAGAGAAUGAAAUAGGCCACAUGAGGAUGCAUCAAGCUCUUCCUCGAGAUUCUGUCAUAGAAGACUUACAUUUACAAAAUAGAUAUCUUCAGGAUAAGCUUCAUUCUUUAGAGGAACAGCUUUCUUUAAAAGAUGCAUUUUCUAAGCAUUCACCAACAGAAUUGGGUGAUAAGUCUAACAGAGAACAGUUGCUUCAGAAGGAAAACCUGAAAGUCUCAUCUGAAAACAUUGAACUAAGAUUUCAGCUUGAACAAGCAAAUAAAGAUUUACCAAGGCUAAAGAGUCAGGUGAGUGAUAUGAAAGAAAUGUGUGAACUUCUGAAGAAAGAGAAAGCAGAAAUUGAACGAAAACUUGGCCAAGUUAGAGGGUCUGGAAGAAGUGGCAAGACAAUUCCUGAACUAGAAAAAACUAUAGGUUUAAUGAAAAAAGUUGUCGAUAAAGUCCAGAAAGAAAAUGAAUAUUUGAAACAAGCAUCCGGAAUAAUGACAAGUGAGAAAAUGUCUGCUCUUGAACUUGAAAAUAAAAAUUUGAAGAGUGAAUUAGAAAAAUUGAAGCUUCAUCUUGGACGUCAACUGAGCUUGCAAUAUGAGUUUAAUGCUAAAGGUCCAGAGAAUGUCAUGGUUGAAAUUGACAGUCUUCAUAAAGAACUUAAAAAAAAGGUAGAAACUUCUGAGACACUGCAGAUGGAAAAAAAUGACUUGGAGAUAGCAGUUGAGAAGCUAACAGCUGAGCUGGAAGAGAUGAGAAAGAGAAUGCAUCUGAUUGAAAGCAGAAAUCUACAGCUGGAACAGGCUGAAAGGCAGAGUUUGAAAUCAGUCAUUGACACAAGGUUAACCACUCAUGUAGAGAAGACAAAGACCAAAUUAAUUCAUCGAGCAGGAACUAGUCAAGAGGAAAUUGAAGGGGAAAAUGUUUCUGGUAAUGAAUAUUUUGAAAAAAUAAAGCCUUCACAGGCAUCUCCAAUUUCAGAUCCAGAAAAGGAGAAGUUGAAGGCAGAAAACAAAAAGCUUAAAAAAGAACUGAAGAACUUGGAUCCCUCAUUUUUUGAAGAAAUUGAAGACCUGAAGUACAAUUAUAAAGAAGAAGUUAAAAAAAAUAUCAUUUUGGAAGAGAAAUUGAAACAACUCUGUGAACAGUUCCAUAUUGAAUUGGAGAGUGCUGCUAGUGUUUUUGAACAGCUGGAAGCUGAAAAAUAGAUAGCAGUAAUAACUUAAGUGAACUUUUUUUAUAGAAAUUGUAAAUUUCUCUUUUAUAGAAGUUGUAAAUAGUAAUUGAAAGCAAUGUAUUUAUAUAAAAUAUCCUUAUUUUUUUGAGUUUCCAAAGCUAUCAUAAUGUUCUUGAAAUUAUAAUACAUUAAAUGUUGAGCUGACCCCUAAAAGGGUAUAGAUACACAUAGGCAAUUUAAAUACUAUAAUGCUUCUUAAAUGAGGUUGGUUAGUUUUUUUACUUGAUUCCCAAGUAAUGUGCUACUGCAGAAAAGGUCAUGAAACUUUGCAAAUAAAUGAUACAAAAAUU